AUGUCAGGAAGCAUCCCAUGGUACACUAUGAUGGUCAUCCACAAGAAAAUCGGCAUCCUAAGUCAUGUAGAUGACACCAUGGCCGUGUUCCACACCCACGCCGUGGCCGGAAGCCUAGGAGGCAUCCUUGCCGGCUUCUUUGUGCACCCGAAGCUCUGCCGUAUAUUCUUCUUAACCGAAAAUUGGCAACACUACAGUGGCCUUGCCUAUGGAAUCCAUGGUGGCCAAGUCAGUGCAGGGUUUAAGCAAAUGGGAAUCCAAUUCCUAGGACUAGGGUUUGUGGUUGCUGUCAAUGUGAUCAUCACUAGCAUCAUUUGCAUGUUCUUGAGGCAAUUCAUUCCGCUCAGGCUCAACAGCGAGCAGUUGCAGGUCGGUGCCGACGCCAUCCACGGAGAGGAGGCCUAUGCAGUGUGGGGAGAUGGAGAGAAGUAUGAUGGCUCCAAGCAUAACUCAGUUUAUGGAAUGGAAGAGUUUCCUGUGAAGGCGCCUAAAGCUGAGCCAUGA